AUGAAAUUUGUGCUGAACUGGAUACUCCUUUACCUUGUAGCCUGCGGGAUUUCAUCCAAAAAUGCGCAGCACAAAAGGGAGUACACCGUGAGACAGAAGAACGGGGUGCGGAUCCCGCAUCCCGCCAAGCUUUACCGACAGUGUAGAAAUAAAAAGAGGCACUUCGGGAACAUCCUGCAAAGUUUUACUGACAGGAAAAGAGUCUCAAAGUGGGAAAGGAAAAAUGAAAAAAUUGGUGUGACAAGCAGGAGAGUGGUUAGCAAUAGAGUGUCAAACAACGGAGCGCUUCUCCACCAAGUAGCGUUUGUCCACAACGGACGGCUUCUUAACCAUGGCGCGCCUCUUACCAAAACACGCUUCGAGCCAAAACGAGGAAGAACAAGGAGUCAUUUGGGGCCCAUACAAGUGAGUAGCGCAAACAAGACAAUAGAUAAUUUUGUAUUGCCAAGGGACAAACAGAAGAGUGAAAAUAAAACAGAAAAAAGCAUCUUUUCAAGCCUAUUUUCCCAAAUGCGUGAAAAGAGUAAGCAUAGAAAUAACAUAUUAAAUGAUGUAAGCAAACUGUUUAAGGUAAUACGAGAGAGUAAACACAUAUUUUUCGUAGGCUUUGUAUUAACAAUAAUUUCUUCAGUAGUCGAUUUGUACAUUCCGAUAUUUCUGUCCAAAACAAUAACCUACGUUAUGAAUAACAGUACGAUUGGUACCCAAACGAACCACAUACCAAUUGUGAAUUCUUUCCUUUCCCAAUUAAAAUUGAACAACCCCUUCUACGCAUAUGUAUCUGUUUCUCUGUUGAGCUUAUUUCUUUCUUGCAUGCGGUCGCAUAUCUUUAACAUAUGCGCUUACGUAAGCACUAACAAACUGCAAAAUUACUUAUUUAGGGUGUUGCUACAUAAGCACAUUAGCUAUUUUAAGAAAAGGGGGAAAGGAGAAUUGAUUAGUAGACUAAACAUCGACUCCUCUGAAUUGAUUGACAUAUUUACAACUAACAUGAUUGUUCUCUUACGUAAUGUAAUAAAGACAGUGUUGUCUUUUUAUUUUUUGUACAAAAUUAAUGUGUACCUCUUUGUGGUGUCCCUCUUCAUUGUCCUAACCAUUACUAACAUAUCAAUAUUUUUCUCUAGCACUUAUCGCACACUUGCAAAAGAAGAAAGUAACGUUGUGGCAUACUCAAACAAUGUGGUAGAAGAAUCUAUUGAUAACUUAUCCCUCAUAAAUAGUUUCCACACUCACAGUAAAGAGAUUUCAAAGUUUAACCACUCCUUGGAUGCAAUAUAUACGAGCAGAAUGAAAUUAGGUCUUCUCUACAUCAUGGAAAAAUUCCUAAUCCGAUUAAUUGAUAUGAUAACACUUGUCGUCACAUUGAUAUUAAGUAAAAAGACUUUAAAGAAUAACAUUCAAGUGGAUUCAAGAACUGCCAUCUCAUCGGUUAUGUACAUGCAAAACAUAAUCGCACAGUCAUGCACCAUAGAACAGCAAUAUUCCAGAGUGCAGGAGCUUAUAGGAAAUGCUGAAGACAUUAUCAAGAUGAUCGAAAAGGAUUCGUCCCGUGGUAACCCUAGCAAGUUUACAUCCCACAAGUAUACUCCCCUAAAUUUGCUAAACUUUUUGAACUUAAAAAAUACUAUCUUUAAAUAUUCCCUUAUCAAGAAAUUUCAAGCCAUCCAAAAAGACGCCGAAUACGUUGCCACUGUUGUUAGGCCAAAUUAUUUAAAACUCUUCGAAAGAAACUAUAACAACCUGCGAAAGUUAUUACCCCAUGAUAAAUGCGGCGAUCUGCUCCCCUGUUUCGAAGACAAACCGAUUGAAAGUUCUACUCUUGGAAGUGUUCCCGACUAUGUAGAAAGUAAUCACCAAGUAGGCGAAAAUAGGACGAAUAACCCCACAUAUAAUGGAUUCCACCCAAGUGAUCCCGUCCCAGAGUUGACAACCCCAAACGUUGCGUCUGACGUGAAGCAGACGGUGGAAGAACCCAUUACAAUGACCAAGGGACAGCUUCAGUUAGUUUCUCCUCCUCUACCACCGCUAACCACCACGGAUCACACCCUCAAUAGGGGUGAAAAAACUGCGCCCAAAAUAAAGAAGAAUAAACCCCAAAUGAACAUACAAGAAAUACAUAGCUACAUAAAAAACGACCAUGAACUUAUAAUUAAGCAAAAGCUGGACAAAAAAUUUAUACAAUUCUUGAAAACGAAAUAUAAGAAAAAUAUUAUAUACCUAAUCCUAAAGUUGUUUGAAGAACGACACCAACCUGUCAGGGAGGAACUUCUUUUCAUGCUUGACAACAUCAGCUCAUUCAAAAGGUUAUCCGUGCAGGAUAAAAAAAGCAUUUUAAAAAUGAGCAAUAUAACGAACAACACACUUUACGUCAUAUUACUCACUUUCCUCUUUUACAACUACUCCAAGUUUUACUACAAGAGGAAGAAAAGGACUCCUGUCAAUCUGCUAGAGAAGAAGACGAAAAUGGGCUUAGCCACCUCAACCUUGAGCAAAACGCUCGGCAGUGACUGUGCAAAUGAUGUGGACCACGUAACGGUAGAUGGCAUCAACAUGAAUGAUGUGCUGAGCGACACCACCAUUACGGAGAUGCAACAUGAUAACGCACAAAACGGAGGUAACAAUGAAGACAUGCCCAUAGAUGAGAACAAUACAGUGACCAACUCAGGUGACAAAGAAAACUUGGACGACUCGCUCAAACAUAGCGAACUGAAUACCUCCACCGAAAUUGACGAUAAUGGAGACACAGCUUCCAACAUGCACGCAGCGGGAGGUAGCGACACCAAUGAUGAUGAACUUUUAAUAAAUAAAAAACUGAAAAAAAAAAAAAAAAAGAAUCUCCAUAACAUAUUGCCAUACAUUGUACAGAACGCCAUAAAGGAACUAGAAAUUUUAAAAUUCAUCGAUGAAAAUUACAAACACAUAAACGAAAACUUAAUCCUAGACAAUGUCAAAGACGACAAAAAUGGGAGUAGCUUAAUUUUUGAAAAUGUAGAUUUCUACUAUGCACAAUUUCCAAAAAACAAAAUUUUGUCAAAUAUUAAUUUAAAUUUCACCAAUAAAUAUACCUACGGAAUUCUCUGUUAUAACGACUCGGGGAAGGAUGAUCUGUCCAAGUUGUGCACACGGUUGUAUACCAAAACGUAUGGGAGCAUUCUCUUAGACAAUGAAAAUAUAGAAAAUAUCUCAAAGUACAUACUGACAAGGAAAAUUUCCCUAGUGGAGGAAGACACCUACCUGUUCAGCGAUAGCAUAAUCUACAACAUACUGUACUCCUACAAUUGCAGCACGACAGCGAAUAAAUACUUGUCCUACUUCAAUUACACUUUCGGGUUGAAUAAAAACAGCAUAAACAGCUGUGUUCAUUUGUUCCCUUCAGAUGGUGACCUUGUAGGGGUGAAUGACGAAAGGCUUGAGAAUAAGAUGAAAGGAACAAAUUCCUCCAGUGAAGGAGACCCUUCGCCUGUGGACGCCGAAACGACACAAGCGAAUUAUCUGUCCCCCCAAUUUAAAAAAUGCCUGAUGUUAUAUAAAGAAAUUAUUAAAGUUUCCAAAAUUGUCUGCAUAGACGAUUUGAUCAGUUCCUAUAAGGACAAAUUUUUUCACAACAUUAAUGAGAAAACAUUGUCAGGUGGACAAAAGCAAAAAAUUUCCCUAGCUAGGGCUAUCAUAAAAAAACCCAAAAUACUAAUUUUAGACGAAGCAUUUAGCGCCCUCGAUUCUGCAAAUGAGUUGAAAAUUUUCUCAGGUAUAAAAAGUUACGUGCCCAACUCUACCAUCAUAAAUCUCUCCCAUAAAAUUACGACAAUUGAUCGAUGCGAUUACAUUUAUGUUUUGAAAGACGGAAAAAUCAUUGAGCAUGGUUUACGGACCAAACUGAAGGAAAACAAAAACAGCGAAUACUCCAAAAAGAUGAGCGAGUUUUAG